AUGCAUCAAAAAACGCUGUCGCUGUCACCGCUGAACACAAAAAUCACUCAAUAUUCUACUCCUCAUUCACCAUAUGAUGACAUGAUGAUUCCGCCUACCAUCUCACAGGCAGAAGACAGCCCUGAUAUCGUCACGCCGGAAAUAUACAGAUCGAACAGCUCAAACAAUUCGUUGGAGGAAGAUACAAAAGAGGGGGAAACAAAUACACGCAUACGGUUACCCCCUAUUUCCACGGUAGCAACGGAACCGUUCAAAACGUCGACUAUCAUACACGAUAACUUAUUCAAUAUAGGCGGAACAUCACCUUCUGCUUUAUCACCGACAUCAAAGCCUAUUUCUCCCAACGGCAAGAAAAUGCCAGUCAGAAGACAAUCAAGAUUUGACCCUAUGAUGGGAGAGAAUGACGAGACGAUGGAAGAUGAAGGAUAUGGAGAUCUUGGACAGAAGCAUCCUUUUAGAAGAAUAAAAGAGGAGGAAUUACGAGAGCCUAGAGCAACUGCACCAGAUUCGAUCAGUCUACCACCUAUAAAAUCAUUGUUUGGUGUCGCCGGCGAUCAUCCACCGACGCCUUCAUCGUCAUCAUCAUUGUUUCAAUCACCUUCAUUACCUGCUCUCAUUCCCAACUCUCCAUCUGGAUCUCCCAGUUCAGCCCGAACAUCUCGUUAUUCAUCCCUCACGUCAUCAGCAGCUCCAGAGAAUCCUACUGGCGGCUGGUGGGCAUCAGAGUUUGGCAAGGAUCCGUCACCGUUUCAAAACGCUCCAUACCGAGUAAACUCUUUUCCUACCGUCCCCUAUACAACGGAGGAACCAGGACAGAAAAGAAGAAAGUCAGAUGGGCCUCCAGCUCUGAGAGAUGCGGAAGAGUCAGCUAGGCUUAGGUGGCAAGCCCAGUCGAGAAAUGCAUCUUACCCUAUGGCUCCCUCACCCCUGUCACCCAUUGCUGGACCAUCAAACCCAAACCCAAACCCAAACUCGAUGUCAUCAUCUGGUCUUCGAACUCUACUUCACCCUCCUCAAGCAUCAUCUGCUGUUGUAUCAGCCUCAAUGUCCCGUUCCUCCUUCUCUGGCUCAACGAACGGUGGUCGACUAUCGCCUGCCGUGGAAGAUGAAGCAACUACAUUCAGAAGACCUUCAGCGACGUCAAGAAAUCCUUCACUUGUUGGUGGUCAGCUCUCCAGCCAUUUCGCGGGACUGUCGGCGACCGACAGAGAUAGGCACUUCUCGAAUGAUAUGCCUCCGCCCCUGCAAACUGCACCACCGGAACGUAGAGGUUCAUCAAUGCUACCACCUCUUUCGGCCGUCGACGAUAAUAGACUAUUACCUCCGCCGUCAAGCCUUAGUCGAUCGGCGUCACCAGCGUCCGACAUGAUGCGUCGCCAGUCACUCACUCGACCACCUUCGCCUGAGAUGUCGUCCCGUCCUGAAUUGCGAAGAUCGUCAUUGACCGAAAUCAUAAAGCAAAAGAGUGGAGACAUGGCAAUUGCACCUCACCGAUUUGGACAUUCGUCAGAUUUGGCGACAAGCGUUGCGAUGGACAAAUCAUCAUACUCAGAACCUUUCCCACCUAUUCAUUCUGCUCAACCACCGCCCUGGCCUCCUAGAAGAGAAUCUGCUGAAUCCAUCAAAUCCACCUUUGAAGGUGAUGCCCCUUUGCUCUCGUUGAAGAGUAGGAAAAGAUCAGUAGACACAAGACAAAUCGAUGAGGAUACUGAGAUGUCAAGAGAUCCGGCAAUGAGAGGAAUGGAAGUUUUGGUUGCUGCUGCCGCUGUCGAAGAAGAGCGAAAAGUCCGAAAUGACAGUGAAGAUGGAGAAGACAGCCCACUCAAGUCAGGUAAUAACCCGAAUGGUGGUCCCAAAUAUACAUGCGAUUAUUGUGCGAAGACCUUCUCAAGACCCAGUAGUUUAAGGAUACAUACGUAUAGUCAUACGGGAGAAAGACCAUUUGUAUGUACAGAGCCAACUUGUCGACGGCGAUUUUCCGUACAAUCGAACCUUAAACGACAUGCAAAAGUUCACCAACUUGGUGCAGCGGCCGCCGCUGCUGCUGCCGGUCAACAAGCUGGACAUCCCGUUCAUGCACAUCAUCAACAUCCGCAUCCACAAAUCCAUCCAGGGAUGCCGAGAGCACCUCAUUCACAUCCCGGUACUGCAGGUGGGAUGUACCAACCUCAACAAGGAUAUUAUCCUCCUCCGCCAGGAUACGGCCACGGUCUUCCGCCACCGCCCCCUCCGCCGCACGGCCACCCAUACCCUUCUUAUGGAGACACAUAUGGACAUGGACCACCUCCGAUGCCUAUGCAGAGCGGUGGUCCACCCCCUCCGCAUGGUCACCCUCAACCGCCAGGUCCUGGAUGGCAAUCCGUCUCUUCAAGCAGGAGGACAUCAAAAGAUGAAGCUUACAGUGAAGAGGGGGAAGAAGACGAAGAGGAAGAAGAAGAAAUUGAUGAGUUAGACGAAGACGAUAAGUGA